GAUGACUUUGGAGUUUUUGGCGAAAUGUACAGAUCCCAAAAAUCUGCAAAAGAAAAAAAUAGAGCUGAAAUUUCCACGUUUUAAGAUAGAAGAAAGCUAUGAUUUAACUUCACAUUUACAAAACAUGGGAAUGAUAGAUGCCUUCAGCCAACAAAAAGCAGAUUUAUCCGGUAUAUCUGCUGUUGGCCUCUUUGUGUCAAAAGUGAUCCAUAAAGCUUUCAUUGAGGUUAAUGAAAAAGGAACUGAAGCAUCGGCUGCAACUGGAGCUGUUAUUGUACCAAAAUCACUUAAGCCCCCUAUCAAUUUUAAAGUAGACCAUCCAUUUUUAGGUGUCCUCAAACACAAUGCAACCAAUACCAUUCUUUUUUGUUUAAAAAUGUAUUCACCAAGCCCAUAA